AUGAGCCAGCAGGAUGCGGUUGCCGGGCUUUCAGAACGCCUGCUCAUAGAUGCGUACAAAGGCCAGGCGGAGAAUGUGUUUCAGCUCAUCAACAAGGGCACCAAGGUAGCCUUUACCAAGCAUGGCUGGACACCCCUGCAUCUUGCUGCCAAUAAGGGCCAUCUUUCUGAGGUCCAGAUCUUGCUGAAGGCGGGCUGCGACCUCGAUGUCCAGGACAAUGCUGGAGACACAGCACUUUAUAUUGCUGCUGCCCUAAAUCACAAGAAGGUGGUUAAAAUCUUGGUGGAAGCCGGAGCAUAUGGGACCAUUGUCAAUAAUGCAGGCCGGACUCCACUGGAGACUGCCCACUACCACAAUAAUCCGGAAGUUGCUCUCCUCCUCACUAAAGUGCCCCAGGGAAGUGAUCUUAAAAAGAAUCAUGGCUGGACACCCCUGCAUCUUGCUGCCAAUAAGGGCCAUCUUUCUGAGGUCCAGAUCUUGCUGAAGGCGGGCUGCGACCUCGAUGUCCAGGACAAUGCUGGAGACACAGCACUUUAUAUUGCUGCUGCCCUAAAUCACAAGAAGGUGGUUAAAAUCUUGGUGGAAGCCGGAGCAUAUGGGACCAUUGUCAAUAAUGCAGGCCGGACUCCACUGGAGACUGCCCACUACCACAAUAAUCCGGAAGUUGCUCUCCUCCUCACUAAAGUGCCCCAGGGAAGUGUCUUAGCAGGAGACACCCAUAGCAGGGAACAGGCUGUACCCAGAAAAGAAGAGUCCAGAGAAGAUUUCCUGUCCGCCUCCCCGCAGCCCAGAGCAAAGGACAACAAGCAGAAAAAGUCAAGGCCCAAUGUGUCAGCGUUUUCUGACUCCACCCCACCAGCAGACCAGCAGCCCUGACAGCAGAAGAACUCGCGCACUCACAAUCACCCUAAAAAGAGGCCCAGGCAACGCUGUUCGCCCCUCCCCCAUGAGUUCAGAGCAUACCAGCUCUACACGCUGUACCGGGGCAAGGACGGCAAAGUGAUGCAGGCGCCAAUAAAUGGCUGUCGAUGUGAACCCCUGAUCAACAAGCUGGAGAAUCAGUUGGAGGCAACUGUGGAGGAGAUCAAAGCAGAGCUGGUGUCGGUUCAGGAUAAGAUGAACACGAAGCUGGGGCACAUGGAGAAUAAGGCCCAGCACCAAAUGCAGGUUCUGGACCAGCUGAUGGUCGAUCGACUCUCAGCAGAGAGGACGGAGUGCCUGAACCGCCUGCAGCAGCACUCAGACUCGGAGAAGCACGAGGGAGAGAAACGGCAGAUGCCCUUGUUGGAUGAAUUAAAAACUUGGUGCAUGUUAAAGUUUCAGAAUCUGGAGCUGAAGCUUUCUGCAGAUUCUGGGGCCUCCAGGACUAAAUCCACACCCUCCACUUGCGAAUCCUCCACAGGUGUGGAUCAGUCAGUGGGGACUGCAGGUCCAGUAGCAGCCUCUGACAGCUCCCCCCAGGUGGCCAGGCCCAAGGAAAAGGCCCUCAGCUCCACAGCCACCCACAGACCCCAGCAGGAGCUGUCUUCCUCGCACUGUACAGGCUCCCGACUGAGGAAUGUCAAGGUCCAGACAGCCUCGUUACCCUUGAAAGAGGCAGCCAAAUGCGACCCAGAGGCCGGGCCCUGUGUUGACAGAGGCACCCAAACCAAGAAGUCUGGGAAAAGUGGGCAGACGAGGCACCGAGGCCAGCAGCCAGUACCCAGCACCACCUGCAGGCAGCCGCCACCAGUAGCAGGUGGCGAGCAGACUGCCCCUAACAUUCGAGACACCUCCCAAGCCCUGGAGCUCACCCACUAUUACUUUGAGGCUGUUUCCACCCAGAUGGAAAAGUGGUAUGAAAGGAUGAUUGAAGUAGCACGAAGCCAAGCCAGUCAGAAAGCCCAGCAAGACAAGGCCACGCUGGAGGAACACAUUAGAAGUUUAGAGGAGGAACUUGCUAAACUAAGGACUAAGGUACACAAGGAAAACUAG